GUCGCUGUUUCACAGGUUUUUAUACAAUAACGCACCAAAUAGAAAUUGCCUAGAGCAGCAGAAUGCAACGUUAUUGUAGCAGUGUGUAAAUCCUUUUCAUUCUGCUCUACCAAAACCCGUGGGAGCAUUUGAGUGGAAAAACACAUCUCACAGGUGCCACUUGCAGCCCAUGUGCUUGUAUUGUUUAUAUGCACGAUUGCAUACCUCCUCAAAAAAGCAGUUUCAUUUCCUACAAAUCCCCAAUAUGGAUGUAAUCAGCACAGUGCAAUGCACUGCCUGGUAUAUGAAUAGCUAGAGGUCCACAGUAUAACAUAUGAAUUUCAUAAACGAACAGUAAAUUCAAUACAAAUUAAAUAGUGUGUUUAAUGUGAAAACAAAACAAAACGUGCGUCUACCUGUGGUGUUAGUCGAUACCUGCGCAUUGCAUCAUUAUAACUAGCUGAAUUUCAUGCUUCUAGUACAAAAACAAGUAAAAAAAAAACCCCAAAAAAAACACAACAAACAAAGAAACAAAACAAAUCGUGAAGGCUUAAAACCUAGUAUACAAACCAGUCCUUUUGACAGACAUCACAAAGAAGAGGGGUAUACAGUCACCUCCCUGUCCUGCCAUCGCGCGCACAAAAAGCGCCCUCCGCGCCCCCGAGCCUGAUCACGUGACUCGACAUCUGCUGGCAGUGGCAACCGAAGAAAACCAAGCAACGCACGAGGAGGAGAAGAACAGUGUCCGACUGCUGCCACUUUCCGCCACUGAGACUGUCGGGAGUGCUGCCUCCGGCGCGCGCGCUGCUUUUUGAACUCCAACCUGCUGCUUUAAGAGCCAGGGAACUUGUCUCUCUUUUGUUCUUUCUGAGCAACAUUUCCACUGAUUUAUUUUUUUGUGCUGGGGAGUUGAUGCUCUAAAGGAGCGAACAUGCUUCUUUUGCGUUGAGGGGGUUGGCAUGCGCGCUGCCCCGCCGCCGCCGCCACACUGGAGGGUCGCGGCUCGCGGAUCGGGACGCUCCUGCAGGGGCUGGGAUGCGCACCCGGUACCUCCCGAUUCCUGUCCGGCUUCGGCGCUGAGCCGCAGCGGCAGCAGGAGUCGAGUCGGGCUGCGAGGAGCCGCUCCACGCGGAGCAGGAUGCCGGUGAUGAGGGGACUGCUCGCCCCGCAGAACACCUUCCUCGACACGAUCGCCACGCGCUUCGACGGCACCCAUAGCAACUUUGUGCUGGGGAAUGCCCAGGUACAGUCCCUCUACCCCAUCGUGUACUGCUCGGACGGGUUCUGCGAGCUGACAGGCUACGCUCGCGCUGAGCUGAUGCAGAAGAGUUGUGCGUGCAACUUUCUGUAUGGGCCAGAGACAAGCGACAGGCUGACGGCGCAAAUCCAGAGUGCUCUGGAUGACCGGCGGGAAUUCAAGACUGAACUGGUUUUCUACAAGAAAGGAGGUACUCAGUUCUGGUGUCUGCUGGAUAUCGUGCCUAUUAAGAAUGAGAAAGGAGAGGUCGUGCUGUUCCUGGUGUCCCAUAAAGACAUCACAGACAAUAAGAAGGACCAGGACGAAGAGCAGUGUCCUGAGAUAGAUGAGGAGACAGGACUGGAGGUUCACAAGGUCACGCGGCCCCAGAGCUUCAAUGCUAACCGGCGGCGUAGCCGGGCUGUGCUGUACCAACUAUCAGGACAUCUGCAGAAACAGGACAAGAGCAAACUCAAGAUCAAUAACAAUAUGUUUGGUGAGAAGCCGCCCAUCCCCGAGUACAAGGUAGCAGCCAUUCAGAAGUCCCGCUUUAUCCUCCUUCAUUAUGGUACCUUCAAGGCUGGCUGGGAUUGGUUGAUUCUUUUAGCCACCUUUUAUGUGGCAGUCACUGUCCCCUAUAACGUAUGCUUCGCUGUGGUUGGUGUACGGGACGACAUGCCAACACCCAGAAGUCCACCGAGUGUGAGCGACAUUUUGGUGGAGAUCCUUUUUAUGCUAGAUAUUGUGUUGAACUUCCGUACAACGUUUGUGAGCACAUCAGGCCAGGUGGUGUACGACGCUCGCUCCAUCUGCGUGCACUACGUCACCACCUGGCUCUUUGUGGACCUAAUCGCUGCGUUACCCUUUGACUUGCUCUACGCGUUCAAUGUCAGUGUGUUCUUUGGGGUUCAUCUACUAAAGACUGUUCGGUUGUUAAGACUCCUGCGCUUACUCCAGAAGCUAGAGCGCUACUCACAGUAUAGUGCCGUCGUCCUCACCUUGCUCAUGUCGAUGUUUGCUCUGCUGGCUCACUGGAUGGCGUGUGUCUGGUACUUUAUUGGACGCUGUGAGAUCGAGAAUAAUACUCCUGGAUCCUGGGACAUUGGCUGGCUGCAUGAGUUAGCCAAACGCCUGGGCACGCCAUACUUCCUCUCUCCCCUCACAUCCGUCCUUCCAGAAUCACUGAGGCCCAACAACCUGGAAGGUCUGAGUGGCAACGUGAGCCAGUGGAACUCCUCCAGCAGUGAUAUAGUGGGGCAGGACUCUGUAGCAAACUCCACCCAGUUGAAUGGGACUGGGGCAGGGCCAGUGGAUGGUGUCGACUCAGUGCUGGGUGGUGGCCCAUCGGUACGGAGUUCCUAUGUGACGUCACUCUACUUCGCUCUAAGCAGCCUGACCAGCGUGGGCUUCGGCAAUGUCUCAGCUAACACUGACUCUGAGAAGAUCUUCUCCAUUUGCACCAUGCUGAUUGGAGCGCUGAUGCACGCCGUAGUCUUUGGUAACGUCACAGCCAUCAUCCAGCGCAUGUACUCCCGCCGCUCACUUUACCACACACGCACCAAAGACCUAAAGGACUUCAUUCGCGUUCACCGACUGCCCAAGGCCUUGGAACAGCGCAUGCUGGAGUGCUUUCAGACCACGUGGUCCGUUAACAACGGCAUCGACGUCAGUGAGCUGCUGAAGGACUUCCCCGAUGAGUUGCGAGCAGACAUCGCCAUGCACCUGAACAAAGAGCUACUGCUGCUGCCGCUCUUCGAGUCGGCCAGUCAUGGGUGUCUACGCUCGCUCUCGCUGAUCAUCAAGACGUCGUUCUGUGCGCCCGGAGAGUUCCUCAUCCGCCAGGGCGACGCACUGCAGGCCAUCUACUUUGUGUGCUCAGGCUCCAUGGAGGUGCUCAAGGACAACACAGUACUGGCCAUUCUGGGUAAGGGCGACCUGAUCGGCUCAGACUCUCUGACGAGGGAGCAGGUGAUUAAGACCAACGCUAACGUAAAAGCUCUGACCUACUGUGACCUGCAGUACAUCAGCCUGAAGGGGCUGCGCGAGGUGCUACGCCUCUACCCCGAGUACGCACAGAAAUUUGUCAGCGAGAUCCAGCACGACCUCACCUACAACCUGCGUGAGGGCAACAACACGGAUGUGGACUGGGAGAGCAACGGCGGCCUGGUCAAGAAACUGCCCUCCAUUCGUGAAGACGAGGAGAACGAUGAAGAGCAGCACUCCGUGUCACGGGCACCUCGCUCACCUCUGCGGCUCACGAGGGGGCUUAGCUCACCCCUGCGCUCACCCCUCAUGCCCCCAAGGCCCUUUCGUCCCCCCUCUGAUCACAGCCGCCCGGCCACGCUUCAGAUACCUGUGGUCAGCUUCAGCAGUGCCCCUCCAGAGCUCAGCCCCAGGUUUGUGGAUGGCAUUGAGACAGAGAGCAAUUCUGGUUCAGCACAAAGGUUUGAGUUCAGCUCUAACCUACCUCAUAGUGGCCCUCCAUCCCCAAGUCCAGUGAGCCAAGAGCAAGUGGAAACCAGGCAGAGCAUCAGCAAACUGAGCGAAGAGAUGAACAGCUUGUCGAAACAGGUCUCCCAGCUCAGUCAGGAAUUGCAGGAGAUGACUCGCCUCCUACGCCCUCUGUUCCUCACUGCUGCUCAGCCACUCCUCUCAACCCCCCCACCACCCAUGACUUUACCUGGCAGUGCUCCAUCCAUGAACUCACCUGCAGCCCCAUAUCCUCCAGCCCCUCCCUGCUCUCUAUUGGACAUCACAGACCCAGUGGGGGUGGUAGGUCUACCCAGCUGCCUCAUACCCACCAGUCCACCACAAAGACUGCAGUCCCAGGUGGUUUGUUCAAAUGGCUCCCCUCAUGCCAGCCUGUCCCAUUUAGAGACUAUUAAAAAAGAUGGCACAGGGGCAGGGCAGCACGACAUCCCUCUUGGCCCUACUAAUGGCUACGGGCAGGUAGCUCCAGACCGGCUUGCUUCUCGUGCCACUUCCCCCUCUCUUUCCUUCUCCAUGUCUAUAUCCUCAUCCCGCUCCCAGUCACCUUGUCAAGGACCGCACCCCUCCUGCCCCACUAGCUGCACACAGGGCCUGUUAUUUCCCAUAUCAUCACAAGACAUCCCACCACCUUCUCAAGACAACCCACCCCCACCACACUCCCAUUGCUCAGCACCUGCUUCACUAAGUAACUCCCCAGGUGACCCCAGACUGAGAGAUGGUCCCUCCCUGGCUUCCUCUUCCUCGACACCCAUACUUCAGACCCUGCCCUGUUCCUCACCAUCCUGCCCACACCCCUCCCCUCUCUUGCUCUGUUCCCUGAGAGAUGGCCAGGGGUCGAUGGGCUUCCCGUGGCACCGGCAGACCUCCAGCUGUGCCCAGGCAGCGUCUGGCACUGAGCAACCUCAGCUGGAACUGGAGAUGCAGGAGUGGGAUGCAGGAGGGAAGAGCUCAACAGAGCACAUCAGCUUCAUCGAUGAGGAAGGACCACCACUGUGAAUGCCAUAGGGAGAGAUGGGAGGAGAGCAGUAGCACAACCAGGAGCUGGACUGCAGCACAUCAGUACAUCAAAUAAGGGUGGAAGGAUAAUAUAAGGAGUUUUGAGUGUUAUCCAGAAAGUAAAGCAGGGUCCAUCCACCAUACAAAUGGGCAAAGUGAGCUGCUUUGCUUCGAGGCUGCAGCUUUCAUAACUGGUCAUGAUGGCAUCUCGCACCAUCUCAACACACCAAAACCUGACACCAGCCAAUCCCGACCAUAUCAGCACAAAGGGGCCUGUGCUUCUCUCGACAGACAGGAGCUCUUCUCCAGUGGCAUUAUACGACACACACAAAAGCUCAAAUUGGCAUGGUGCAUGGCAACCAAAAUUUGUAUCCAACCAAUCAAACCCAGCAAACUUUGUAAGAAAUACUUGACCUAUGAAGAGUUCCUGUUGGUUAUUCUGCAUGGGUACAUGUUGACGUUGUAGGCCUGAAUAAGGGAGAUGGCACAUGUUUGUAAUCUCAUGUUACUCUUCUAUACUGCCAAAACAUUUGUGCUUUAUGUAUAACCAACCAUAGGUCACACAUGCAUCUACUUGCUCUGAUCUUUCACAGCAGUUAGGUAGAUGAAUGAAUGUUUUACACCACAGCACAUAUCACUCUCAAUUUCUCCCUAUUUGAGCACAAGUAGACAGCACACAUGUCUAUGUCCAGACCCAUACAUUGCAUAUUUGUUUAGACUGGGAAUGUAGAGCUUAUUCCAACUUCACAUAGCACACACGUUUAUAUAAAUCAUGCCUUAUUUUCUCCACUUCUUUACAGAGCUUUACCUGUAUACUGUAUCUGAUUCAAGACUGAUAUAACUCAUGGCCCUCAUUAACAUGAGGAUUAAAUGGCUACUGAACAAAAAGUACGGUUUGGAAUAAGGGAUAUGAAAAGGGUAGCCUUCCUUUUUGUUUUACAUAUAGUGUACACAUGCAUAAAGCCAUAAAGCAUGUGGUUGUCGCAUGGAGUAAUGGCCAAUAGCCUAGCGUGGCUCACAGGAGCUCCAUUCUCUAAAUGUGACCACAACAGGCAUUACAACAAGACAAUCAAAACAAACCACUAGACCCAGACAGAAAUACAAUAUAUGCCAGCUAAAAAAAUCACACUGCCCUAGCCUGGCAUGCCAAAUAGUGGGAAGACUGAGCAUGCCAAUUAGUGUCCAUUUGGGAGUUAAGUUAAAAAGGCCCAGUAACAUAUGGUGCAUUGCCAAAGUCAAGGACACUGGUUUGGCAUGCCAAACAGCCAACAGACUAUGAACUGCACACAUGGGAUAGAUGUAGAGAGGGGAGUAAAUCCCCAGGUGCAAGUUUGAGUAAUACAACAAACACACGCAGCUUUAGCCAUCCAGCCACGUGUGCCUUUCCUACAUCCAUCCAACAUCUCCUGAACAUCUCUCCAUUUGUUUACUGUUCAUUCUUACAAAAAUGUUUCUGUCAUGUCAUACGUUAACGAGCACUGCACUUUUAUCACCUAGUAAUUAUUUAUUUAACUAUUUAUUUGUCUAUUUAUUUAUUACCCAUCACGUUGAAUGAGAGUGAAGUCUUAUAAGUAGAAAGUGCUCAGGUGAAUAUUUCUACACUUAGUUCCAUUCGACAAAACCUAUUAAAGCAAGAUUAUCGUCAACUCCGUCACAUGCAAAGAUGGUGAUAAGCAGCUACGUUUCUGCAGCUGAAAUCAACCAAGGUUCCUAAGCUUGAGAAAACACUAAGCAUGGGCUUCUCAUCUGUCAUCUUGCUUGAGUAGGGACACCUCAUUCUCGAUUCUAUUUUCUUUACCUAGGAACUGUGUAAGGGGGCUGGUAUGUGGGAGGGGUUGUUUAUAACUGGUAGGGUGUUAAGAGACUUUGGUUCAGGGUUUGGGUGGGUGGGGGUUCCUGCAUGUCUCAUCUUUUUUGCAUGAGGAAUGUGCCUGCAUUAUUAAAAGAUGGGAAGUGUGUAGGGGAAAACUGGCUGGAGGUCCAGAAGUAUAAAUGUAUUUUGUUAACUGCAAUGAACUUUACCAGACCCUUACCUGAAUAAUAAAAUGUGUUUUAUAAGAAUGGAGAGUGAUGUGUUGAUUGAGGGAGUCUUUAUUACCCGAUAAGGGCAAUCUUGCUAAUAAUAAAGGAAGGCUAGAGGUAGCAGCUUUUAGCGAACGAUCUGGCUUGUCUUAACACAGUUAGCCACAUUACCAUUUUUCUUUAACAUAACAUUUAACCACCACCAAACGAGGUUUAGUCUAUUUUCUACAUAAUUCAACAGACCAUUUUACAAUGUUUAAAAGCCCAGCUGUGGAAUUUCCAUGCCUUCACUCAAAAAUGCAUACAUACUGUAAUUUAACUUCUCAAUCAAAAGGGUUUUUAUGGGAGUAUUGGAGCUCACUAAUUGUGUAUAGAAAGCUUCAUAUAAUUCACUACACUCACCAAGCUUUUACGCAAACUAUUACGGAUAGAGGAUUCCUACAGUAGCUGGUCUGUGGCUCUUGGGUAAUGGCUCAAAAACAUAUAAUAGCAGGGUUUUCAAAUGGAGCCUAGGCAAAAUUACACUCAGAUUCAAUAACAAUCAACAAGCACAAUAAGCAAACAGGCUGGUCAUGGCAAGCUAGCUGGACCAUCUGUAGAACAUACAGUACAGACUCACUAGUAAAAUGCAUGGAACGAUGCCAAAUUAACAGCCACUCAACUCAAACAUCCUUAACAAA